AUCGCAAGUUCUUCGAGGCCAUGGAGCUGUAUAGGCAAGUGUCGCAUACGACACAAGAAGCCCUUGCGCUUCCUCCAAAGUAUCUGCGCAUGUAUGGCGACUUUGUAACCAAGAAUGCUAGUGCCGUUGGCCAGAUUGAGGGUGCUUUGCGAUCCUUGACCUACAUUCUACCAGGCCGCUUCCGCGACACUGAAAUCGCAUCCGAGUCAUGUAAGAAGAGUCAGCUGCUUCGCAUACCACUAGAGCUGAACCAGAUGCACNNAGUACAUUCAAGCGUGCAACUACUCUCUAUAUACCAUGACUCCCUCCUCGCGCGUGCAGUCCAACGUCUACCGGCAUUGCAACGUCCUCAUCCAUCGCCACAUACUCGUUAUACUCGGUUCUGGGCGCAAAAAUCUCCAGCCUAUAAACGACUUGCCAUGCUUUUACAAGUAGUACAAUACACCGAGCUACUGUGCGAGAUGGCUGCAAAGAGAAGGGGCGAGAAGGCAAGAUGGAAAGUAGUCGUUCUUCUCGAAAGCGUCAAGGCUAUGUGCAGGCUGCUUCUUAUGCGCCUGACCAACUCUCGGCCAUUGUUGAAUCCACCAUUGCCCGAACGUGAGGCGGACCCGAGCACCUUGGAGGAAAAAGAUGCAAGCGGAUUAGAGUCACCACCAUCCGAAAAGUCCGAAGAGACACAAUGGACAAUGCCUAGAACUGGACUCUCGCUGCCCACACUGCCGUCCUCCUCCGACAUCUCAGGUUAUCUGUUAUCCAAAGCUCUGACAGCGGACGACAUCAAGCCGCCAAAGGCUUUGUUACAUCGGGUCAACGGCAUGGGCGAACUCGCGGAGGUUCUCUAUAUCCUUCGACCAGUUAUCUACGCUGCAGCAAUGCAUUACUGGGCCACUAAGAACAAGAAAAGCUGGCAACCCUGGGUGUUGGGUGUCACUAUAGAAUAUGGUGCACGCCAGUUGGCAAAGAAAGAUCUCCAAGAACGAAGAGCCGGGGGUCUCCGAGCGUUGACAGCACUCGAGAAGGAAGAGCUGAAGAGAAGAGGCUGGAGCCUCGGAUGGUGGCUCAUGAGAGGUGCAUUCUAUGAAACCUUUACCAAGUACGUUCAGAGUAUCUUGCUGCAUNNAGCAUGGAUUCAUUCAGUGACCAACAAGCUCCGAAACAAACCACUACUCGACAUGGCUGGUGGAAUCAUCGAGGAUUAUGAAUUCCUUUGGGAUCAGUACUAUUUCCCUACAGCAACAUUG